UGUACUGAAUCAGUGAACCAGUGAUCGGCGAUGUGUGACAGAAGGUAGGUGGAACAUCUCCUGUACUCUGACACGGCCACUACAAGAAGGAAAACAUCUCACAUCUUGCUUAGUGUAUAUCGACCACUCUUGCAGUCACCUCAACUUGGUACACAAGUGAACGAACACCGAUACCUGCACUUGAUCUGGAAAGAAGUGAAAGACGUAGCGUAUCAGUGUGAAGGCCAAGUGAGAGCGGCGGAUUUAACAGUAGUGGUAGCAGCUGUGAAGGCCACACCGGAUUGAGCGGACAUCGUCCUUGUGAGCCAUGGUAGCGCCUGUCUUUGAAAAGGAUCCACUGAAGCAGAAGUGCCUGAUCUGGUUUUUCGCCUCUGUCAGUUGGCAGGACCUAUGAGGUGUUGGAAGAGGUCGGGGACAGUGGGCAAUACCAACGGCUGCUUUACUGGCUCUAUGUGGUGCCUAUCAACUUCCUCAUUCCAUGGGUGCCCCUGGCGGUGAUCUUCAUGACGUCCACGCCUGACCACUGGUGCCACGUGCCCGGCCGCCCUAACCAAGUCUCUUUAGAGGAAUGGAAGUUCCUCACUAUUCCCAGGGAGAAGGAUGGAGCGUAUAGCAGCUGCAAGCAGUACAAUGUGACAUCAGACGAUGUGCUGCCUCUCCUGCAGGAACCACCAUCUCCCGAGCUGAUGAAUGCAACUUUCGGCAUAACCGAAUGUCAGCGCUUCUGGGAGUACGACCGCACCGACUACGACUCAACGCUCAGCACGCAGCAGCACUGGGUGUGUGAACAGGCCAGCAUGGCGGCCACCUGGCAGUCUGUUGGCGUGGCGGGCAACGUAGUAGGCACAGUGCUGUUUAACUCCCUCUCUGACCUGAUUGGUCGGAUGCCGGUACUGACGAUGACCGUGGCCGUGUUCGCUGUCUUCGGUCUGGUGCGUCUCUACGUCACCUCCUUCGCAGCCAUUAUGAUCACCACCUUCCUUGCCUCAACGUCCUUCCCUUCUAUGCUGGAGCUCGCACUAAUCAUUGUCGUGGAGCAGGUGUCCCCUGGGUGGCGAGCGCGCAUCACCUCCACCUCUUUUAUCUUUUGGACCGGUGGCAUGUGCCUGCUACCACUGUUGGCCUGGGCCACACGGGACUGGCAGCUUCUCGGCCUCAUCACCACUCUGCCCUUCUUCAUCUUACUCAUCGGCCAUUGGGUGCUACCGGAGUCCCCUCGAUGGCUGCUGUCCCGGAACCGCCUGGACCGCUGCUCCAAGGUCCUGGAGAACAUUGCCUCCAAGAACGGCAGGAAGGUUCCUGAGUCGUUGCAGGAGACGCUGCAGGCAAUUGUCGCCACACAAAGCACGGAGACCAACUUUGGGGCCGUGCAGUUAUUCAAGUAUCGUGUAAUGGCCAUCCGCACGCUGCUGCUCACCGUCUGCUAUCAACUCUCAAUUAACGCCAGAGUUACGUUUCUGGAGACGUCACGUUAUUCAAAAUCGCGUUAUUAAUACAUCACUAAGACACGUAAACAAUAAAAACACAGUCUCAUUUCAUAAGGUCUGAUGAUACGCAACGUGCUCUCCCUCAGACCAAGGUCUUUUCUCCCCAAGCAUAGUGAUCUAACACUUCAAACUUCUUUUCAAUGGUCACAAUCUUCCUUAAUUUCUUGGAAUAAUUUUCCUGUGAGGAGGUUGAAGGACGCUUGGACACCCUAUUAUAGGACACUAGGUGAUAACAUGAGGAACAAUCCACUCACAGUGGCGGUUAGCUCCAGACUGAGGUGUGAAGUCUCAUAUAUACAUUUAUGUUCACAGAACAUUUCUAUUAGCUGUUUACAAACCUUACCACCAAGAAAGGUUGUUUUCUGAUGUACAAAGUGAAAUCUUGCAUGGAACACAGAAAACAAAGUAGAUGAGAAGGCAUUUGUGACUCCCUUUAGCUCGUGUGUUGCUUUCACCACAGUAUUUGUGUUUCUGCCCCUCUAUUGCCUACUAUAAUGGACAUCAUAUCUUUGUAUUCAUAUAUGAUCAUGCCAUGAGAAUCUCCUUGACUCCGUACCACGGAGUCAAGGAUUCAGUAAUACCUCCUCCUGAGGUGGUUUUAUCGACAACCUGCUUGCAACCUCGAUACCAUGGCAACAAUGUUUCCAUUUGUGUUUAUGGAUACCAUUUAACAACCAGAAGUUGCAUCACUCGUUGUUAAGUUUCUUGGAUCCGGGCCCGUUACACUUUCCACACGAAGCGGUGAGGGUGCGCGUGACAUCGUCAAGUUAACCCGGGAUAAAUCGAAUAAAUUGUGUUAUGUAAUCGUAUCUCCUAAAAUAUCGUCACGUUAAAUCAAACGCACAUUAUU